CGCCGUCCCCCCAUGGUCUCACCCCGUCUCGCUGCUCGACGCCAUAUUUGUUGGUUGUAUUGACGUUGCGACCUCUCGCAUACGUUUUGACGGCUGCAAGACGAGUCGUCCACGAUGCGACCCGGCCAGGACGACAACUAGCAACCCGCCAAAACAUCGACCAAACAAAGGCCCUGCUGCGAGGAGUAGCCCAACCGCAGCCGACCUAAAGGCAGCCGGUCAUCUAGGUGGCCUAACCAAAAGAGUCAGAUGUCCGAAUCCUCUAGGGGGCGGCUGGCCCCUGGUAGUGACUCUCUGGUCGGCCUCCCGCCUGUCCACCGUGACGGCCUCAUCAGCGUGGUGGUGAUCGCCGCCCUCUCCUUCUUCAUGAGCACCGCGCUCUUUAUCCAUCUGACGAUCAAGCUGGUCAAGUGGCAUCUGCAACACCGAUGUCGCCGGCCCGACCCGAGUGAUGAGCACAUGGAUGCCAAUGUCGACCUGACACUGGGCCUGGCCCCGAAGCACUUCCAGCGCAGGGGCGACGGUCGGCUUGGCGUCCCAAAGGCCGAGGACUCGCGCAACGGGAGCGGUGCCAGGCCAGCAUCACCCUCCCGGAACCAGGCCCAUCCGAGUCCGCAGAGCCUUGUUCCCGACAUGCAGCAAGCACCGCUGUCGCUGCCGCCCGACGAGCCCAACCAGUUCGUCGUGCUGCUUUACAACCUGCUGCUGGCCGACAUGCACCAGAGCAUGGCCUUCCUGCUCAACGCGGUAUGGCUGCUGCAGGACAGGAUCGACGUCGGCACGCCGACGUGCUGGGCGCAGGGGUGGUUCGUCUCCACGGGAGACCUGGCUGCCAGCCUCUUCAUCACCGCCAUCGCCGUGCACACGUACGUUGUUGCAAUUCGGGGGUGGAAGCCCUCUCAGCGCGUCAUCAUCCUGACCUGCGUGUCGCUCUGGGUUUUUGACUACCUGAUGGUCCCCAUCGGCAUCGCGGCGACGAGGAAUGGGGCGUCUGGCGGGGGGUUCUACGUGCGCGCAGCGGGUUGGUGUUGGAUCAACAAGGAAUACGACGAAGUCAGGCUGCUGACGCACUACCUCUUCAUUUUCAUGUCGCUGGCGUCGACAAGCGUCAUCUACACCAUUAUAUUUCUCCGCCUGACUAGGCGGACUUUGGAGUCCGAUUCCGGCCACUCCGCGGCCGAGGACGGAACCACGUCCGACGUCGUUUCCAAGAGCACGCCCAAGGCUCUCCGGGGCGGGUACAGCUGGGGAUUCCUCAGCUACCCCAUCAUCUUCGUCGUCCUUACGGCGCCGCUGGCGAUAGGGCGCAUCAUGAGUAUGACGAGCGUCGACGUGCCUAUCGCCUACUUUUGCGCCUCGGGCGCCCUGAUCUCGGCCAACGGCCUGCUUGACGUGCUCAUGUGGGGCUUCACGCGGCGGGACGUCGUCUUCGGGGACGCCAUCGAGGUCGCGGGCGCCCUAGGUCUCGAGACCUUCAGCUUCAUGCGCACGCCCCAGGACCGCAAGUACGGGAACAUGAUCUGGGUCCAGGGUGCCGGGACCGCCGGAAACGGCGGCGGAAAAGCCGGAGCCCCGCAGUGUACUGGAUCGGCGGCUGCCAACGGGGCGCGUCGCCCCAGCGAGGCUGACACGGCCCAGUCUGCGGCCGGCAGGGAUGGCUUGCGGCGGUGGACCUGGUGGAGGGGUCUUGGUAGCUCCAGCUUGGUGCCGCGGUGGGGACGGGGAGCGGCGGGAGGAGUAGACAGCCCGGACGCGCGCACGCAGCGAGGCAUCCGGCGACACCGCGCCCAGCGGAGCGUCAGCAUGGAGUCGCUCCGGGGCGGCAAAGGGCGGACCUCGGACGGGGAGAGGUCGCUGGGCGGCAUCCAGAUGGACAUGGUGACGACGGUGGUAAUUGAAACAGACCCAGAGUCCAGCGGCCAGGGCCUUGUUGUCAGGCCCACCGACUACAUCGCGGCCAUGGGGCCGCUGGCAGAUGACGGCCAGUACGGGGCCGGAAGCUCCUCGACGACGGUUGCCGGGACUUCCUCGCGCAAUAGCGAGAAAGGGACGGCUAUUAAUAUGGACAUCUUGAGCAGGCCAUAGCAACGGCGUAGUAACAGCCGUGCGCUUUGCCUGGGCUGGAUAGAUUUAGUGUAAUAUCACGACUUUUCAUUCUCA